CACAGGCUACAUACCUUGCGGGUUCAAGGUACACUGGCUGUGCCUACCUCUACACACCGGCCAGCCACAUAUCUACCUGGACAGGCCGGUACUGGCUGGGACACAUUCUACAGCCUUUUGGCACAUCCGGGGCACCACUUCUACGUCCAAAGUGACUGAAGGGUCUGCAGUGACAGACUCCUCUACAUGUCCUGCAUCACAAUGAUAUCCACUCUUAAUGUGAUUGUCAUCUCUGUGUUCCCUCUCUCAUACAGCGAGAUGCUAAACGCACCUCAGAUUGUUUUGCAUAGCAUUCUUGCAUCGCGAAUACUAUUUAGUCUUCAAGCGGACAGGGAGCAAUCGGUCAUCCCCACAUACCUAUCGACGAAUGCGCCGGAAAUGCAAUCGAUUCCAGAUGAGUUUCAAGCGUGGUACGAAGGCAGGGGGACAUUUACUGGUGCUGGACAACCAGAUCAAGCUUAGACGUGCUAAUAAUUUUUUUCUCUUUGUCGUUGUAACGGGGAUGUCGAUUGCAGAUAGUAGCGUAUUCAGCCAAUUAACAUCGUUGACC